UUCGUUGCAUAUCGAAUCAUCUUGUUGGUUUAAAUGUUUCACCAAUAGCGAGCAAUGAAUAGAGAAGAAGAACGUAGCAAAAUAGCAGCAUGGUUUCUAUCCCUUUCUUGUACUAUCUCCUUUUACCAGAAUACAAUGGAUGUGUGCAACAUUCGGUAGGUGGGGGUAUUAUGUGAGAAAGAGAGGAAAUAGGAGGGAGAGAAAUCGUCCGCCUUACGAGCCGUCAUGGCUGAUUCAUCGUGAGAGACUCUUCUAGGAGUGUGAUAACAAAUGACAUUGUGGUUGAAUCACUAGGCGUGGAAAUUACAGUGGAUGGAGUUAUUUCUAAAUCAAAGCGGAAAUCUCGAUGCGGAGAUUCCACGAAGAAACGUGAUAAACGGCGUUUUCGCGUGCGCGUAACACCCCCGUGGAACGAUGAACGGGUUAAGUUUUAGUGAAUUGUGUUGCUUGUUUUGCUGUCCACCUUGCCCGUCCAGGAUCGCUGCGAAAUUAGCGUUUCUACCUCCUGAGCCUACUUAUGCGUUUAUUGAGGACGAAGGUUCCAAGGUUACAAUUUCUUUGUCUGAAAGAGCAGAAUGGCAAUAUACGGAAAGGGAGAAAGAGUCGGUGGAAGGUUUCUAUGCAAGAACGUCACGAGGAAAUCGAAUUGCUUGUUUGUUUGUACGCUGUUCGGCUACUGCACGUUUUACCAUACUAUAUUCCCAUGGAAAUGCAGUCGAUCUCGGACAGAUGUCUAGUUUUUAUUUGGGGCUCGGGUCUAGAAUAAAUUGUAAUAUAUUCAGUUACGAUUAUUCGGGUUAUGGAGUUUCUGGUGGCAAACCGUCGGAAAAGAAUCUUUAUGCGGACAUAGAUGCUGCGUGGCAUGCUCUUAGAACACGUUACGGUAUUAGCCCCGAAAACAUUAUCCUAUAUGGUCAAAGCAUCGGGACUGUACCCACGGUCGAUCUGGCCGCGCGAUACGAGGUUGGCGCAGUUGUUCUGCAUUCACCUCUAAUGUCGGGAAUGCGAGUUGCUUUCCCUAACACCAAAAGAACUUGGUUCUUUGACGCCUUCCCUAGUAUAGACAAAGUACCCAAGGUGACAUCUCCCGUUUUGGUAAUUCAUGGAACCGAAGAUGAUGUAAUAAAUUUUAGUCAUGGUUUGGCAAUUUAUGAGAGGUGUCCAAGAGCAGUAGAGCCAUUAUGGGUCGAGGGUGCUGGCCAUAAUGACGUAGAGUUGUACGAUCAAUACUUAGAGCGAUUGAAACAAUUUGUGAGCGUGGAACUGAUAAACUGACGGCGACUAAGCCUCUCCCAGAAUCAGGGGGGGCAGGGAGGAGGACAUACACAUGUGAGCAGUCAAGGACACACUACUUCUAAUAAUUCAAAUACUACCAGCUCUAUUUCGACAAGCUCACAGACUGAGAAGCUUGUCUAGCAAUCGCCUCCCACAGGGGAGAAGGCACCUGUCCUCCCCUGUGACGAAGAGUCAUCUUUCGUUUCUAUUGACGACGGAUUCUUCUUCCGUGAUCAACAGAUAGAUAUUAAUCAGAAAGUUCAUUAUAAAGAUUCUUUAAAGGAAACAUGUUCCGAAGAUGAUGACUCCAGUUUAGAUAGUAAUUCGAAAAGAGCUAUACAACAAGAUGAGAAGAGUAUGAAAGAAGAGGAAAUAGUAACAGAUGUUCAAGAUAACAAACACAGUAAAACGAUAUUAGGGAGUACCUCUAUUUGCCACAACUUCCGGUUGAAUCAUAUUAGUCAAGUUGCAAAAAAGCAUAUUUCUUUACCGAAAAAUUUAAAAAAUCCAUUUGGUAAAAAUCAAAAGAAUAUUGUUCACAGGACUUUGAAAAAUUCAUUUGGUCAAAGUCAUAGUAAGAAAGCUGAUACACAAUUAUCUCACACGACUUUAGUUGACAUACAGGUUGAAGACUGCCGACAAUACGCGAUCGGAGAAAAGUCACUGUCGUCAUUUUCCAAUAUUCCUAAUGAUAAUAAUAAAAGUAUUUCAGACUGUAAAAGUAUUCAAAGUCAGUUCAAAAUAGAGAGGAAAUCUCCUAUAAAUCAAUUCAAAUAUAGUAGUAUAGAAUCUGUUUUGGAUUCAGAAUGUACGAAGAAUACUAAGAAACAUUGUUGUACUAAAAUUUUAAGUAAAGACGUAAUUGUAAAAGGUAAGAGAUCCGAAGACCAUGAAUCACAAGCUCAUAAUGAAAAAUCAGCAGAAUCUACGAAAAAGUUUUCGUGGAGUAGUAAGAGUAAUAAAUUUGCAAGUAAAAGUUUCGAAAAAACAUGCAAAGAUAAAGGAAAAAGCCAAGAUUCAAUGGAAAAGAAACUGAGAGCUAAAAGAAUUCUUUCCAGCCCGUUAAGAAAAUUUGGUCGGUCGUCUUUGACAAUCGAGCCAGAUAAAAUUAUGAUAAACUUACCAAAGUGUUCUCCUUGUGCUUGUAGGUUGGCUGCAAGCUCAAAGAUUUUAUCCAAUGAUUCCAGUUUACUUUCCCGAUUCACUGCAAAUCACGAGAGUCCCCACCACGCUGUACGUUCGAAGAGUCCAUCGCAUAUAAACGUACAGAUAGACAUUAGUUCCAAGACUUCAGAAAGAACAUCAAUGCAAACUAAUUUGUUACCAAAUGUAAAACAAUUUCAAAAAUCACGGUAUACACCUCGAAGCAGAAGCGUUGGUGAGUUGUGCAACAUUGUCAACAAGUGAAGCAAUCUUGAAUUAUUCGUUUAUUAGAACGGAACUAUGGUAUUUAACAAACUGGACUUUCGACAUCAUCAGUUGAAUGCUCGGGAAAUGUUAUUCAGAAGUUGAAGCGAGAACUAUACAAAUCGAUCCUGAUAAAAUUUAACAAGCAACUUUAGAGACAAAGUGUUAACUAAAUAAUAUGAAUUCCACGUGUCUCGCCGAGUUGUCGUUCCAUUAUUCUUCCACAUAACUGUCUUUAAAGAAAUCAUAGAUUUAUACGCACGACACUUAUUCGGGCUGUAACAGUGCUAGUGAGACUGUGCACAUAAAUACAUAUGCGAUAUAUACAUAAAAAUUAUUAUAUUUCUAGAGAUAUGAGAUAAUAUAUCUGUGCAUAUUGAAUAUUCUUACUACACAUGCGUACACAUACUGAUGCAUGCGUGCGUUUGUUGUAAGUCGUUUUCGCAGCGUACGCUGUGAAACAUUGUUAUGACAAAUAUGUCAAGUAUUAUUAUCAUUAUUAUUAUUAUUAUUAUUAUUACUAUUAUUUGAUCUUUAUCAUCAUUCUCUUUAAGACUAAGGAGUCGAAUAUAGCUUACAUUGAAAUACUUUCUGCUACCACGAAUGCUAUUAUACUCGAUUCUAGCAAGUGUGUGGCACUAAAAUUCUUCGCUGAACCUAUACUCGUUAAUUUAAACAUCGAUAUAAUUUUAUAUUAUUAUUGGUUGAUCAAAAAAUCAAACAACUUUGUAAAUGCUUUUGUUGUUGAUCAUUUUAUCAUAUUCUUAUGCAUUUAAACUUAUUUCUCCGAAAGAAAAGAGAAUAAGUAACGAUUAAUAGAUUUGUUAAUGAAUGUGGGAUGUGUUUUGCAUUGCGUGUUUUUAUGACUUUUAUAAAUUAGGUUCAGCGGUAAAAAAAAUGUUACGUGAAAUCGCAUGAUUUUAUAAGUAAAUCGCUGUCACUCAGACCGGAAUAUAUGAUAGCUGUACCGAUAAUGGAAACAUUUGUUUUUGUAUUAACCCACAGCAAAGGCCUGUGCAGCGAGCAAUGGAAAUCUUCCAAGGUAGCAAAAAAUUUAGGAUAGAGACUAAAAGUUAAUGGAUAGCGUUAAGAAAAUGUGUAAGUGUAAGACGUCAUAAAAAACGUUAUGUUUUAAUGACAAUGAAUGAGAUGAUGGUCUUGCAAACAACAAUAAGAAUAAGAAUGCAACUAGAUAGGGACAAUAUUACUGCCAAACUUGAUUAUGAAUUAGUUUAUUUCUAAAGAGGUGAAUCGUUUGGAGGAUCUUGUCUAUAGGUAUGUUUCUUGUUAGUAUUUUUAUAUCUCGAUAAUGUAAAUACAGUACAAUUAAAUAAUUUUUUCUUUACUAGUGUAUGUAUAAUGUAUGCGACAACGUGAAAUGACUGUACGGAGCCAAUGGAAUGAAUCGGCGCUUGUACAUGUAUGUAUUUCUCUAGGGAUUGUUCGUUUUUAUUGUUAAUUUUGCAUUCUCGUGAACAUUUCUACCCGUCCUCGUUGUCUUUUAAACAAUAAAUUGCUAUGAAUGUCUUCAAACUACAAGUAUACACUGAAAUUAAAUGUUUGUAUAAUUGUGAUGGUAUGAACGAACGGAAAGUGAAUAUAUUUUUAUUAUCUAUUUAUGAUACAUGGCUUCUGUUGUUCGAUGGUUUCUGGCUACAUCUCCACUUAUUUGAAAGUAUCUUAUCUACAAGAGGAUAUAAGAUUGUAAAAAUUUAAUUAAAAAAAUAAAGGUCGAUCUAAUAGAUCGUUAUUGAAAGAUACGAAAUAUUUUCGUUCGUUUAAUCGUAGCUUUGAUAAUUUUAAUUAUCGUUAUUUAUAUGUGUAUUACUUUUUUUAUUUGUUUCACAUUGCUGUUGAAAAAUUUUCUACUCGAUCGUCAAAUAUUAUAUUCACUUUCCUCUAGCAUUAAUCUUUUAGAAUAGUCUAUGGUACAUAAUAGUACCGAAAUAAAAAGAGUCCGAUGUUACCCUUCCAUUGGCUUUCACGUAGCCGCUGUUAAAUUGAUCUGUAUCGCAAUUAUUACGUAACUCGUGAAAAAAAAAAAUUUAUACCGUUGUUCGACAAAUGUCCAGUUUUAUAAACGGCAGAUAUUUCAGAGAGGGAUUUUAUAGAAAACUCCGCAAAGAUAACGUAUAAUAGUAAAAUGAUCGGUGCUCGCCGAAAACUAGAACCGAUCGUUUAUAAAACUGGAUAGAAACUAACUUUUGUACAGCAUAUUUCGAAUGCAUACGCGUCCCCUCUUUCUUCUACUUUCUUUCUCGUUUCCUGUUGUGUGUUUCUCUUUUUCUCUCUUUCUCUCGCUCAUUUCUUUUACUAUUUUUUACUACCCUAUUCUGUCUCUCAAUAUGCGUCAAGCAAUCGACCGGUUUUGAACAGCACUUUCGUCUUUCAUAAUUGCAUCGUGCCGGUAAAAUGGUACUCAAUGGUCUUUGAGGGGGGCGGGGGUAUCACGCGAAUCACGGUGCGGUAUUCAUAACUGUACAUAAUAGCGUGUAAGUGAAGUAUUAGAAAUAAUACGCUCGAUGUUCUGUUCGGUCGUAACCAAUGUACUUACGGCAGAAGAUGGGUUAAAGAGAUGGGAGGGAGGAGAUAACAAUGAUAGAGAUUACGAGAUCCCCUGUACCGAUCGUUAGUGUCAUAUGUAUCACGAAGUGUAACGACUGUAACACAAAAUGAAUUAGUUGAUUAGUUGUCUGAUAAGUAAAUAACAUGUAGCUCAUUACAAAAUUAUUAUAGGACAGGAAAGAGAAGAAAGAGAAGAAAGAUGAGUAUCUCGGAUUGAAUAACAAAAUUACUGUUUUAUUUAGUGCAUAAAGACAUGAUACCAAGCGGAAUAACGUUAUUUCUUACGAAAUCGUGUAGAAUACGUAGUCUGAAAUACACUUGCUGGGCACCCGA